AUGGCUAACCAUCAACCGCCAUUCGAAGAACUUUCUACAGAGAAAGUGCACACACCGGAUGCGAAGGACCUGGGUGUUAUCGAGACAAAAGAAAGUGACCUUUCUGAUGAGUCCCAAUAUGACCCCGAGUCCCCCGAGUUCAAGAAUAUUCCCGAGUUAGUGAGAAAUGUUGUUAGCUUUGAGGACGAUCCGUCGCUGCCAGUGAUAACCUUCCGCUCCGUCCUCCUGUCAGCAGUAUUCUGCGCAAUUGGCAGCGUUAUCUCACAAUUGUCCUACUUUCGUACGACCUACGCGCCUUUCCCGGUGUUCUUUGUCAUUUUGGCAUCGGAUCCUCUCGGUCGAUUUCUUGCGCGGACCUUACCCGACUACAGGUUGCCAUUGGGAAGAUUUUCAUUUUCGCUGAAUCCAGGUCCAUGGUCAACCAAAGAACAUGCAAUUGUCGGUCUAGCUGCUAAUUCUGGAAGCCAAGGCCAGUGGGCUACCUUCCUUCCUACAAACGCUGCUUUAUACUAUGGCAUUACUAUGAACCCGGCGGUGGCGCUCUUCUUUGGAUGGGGUUGCUCCUUGCUCGGGUUUGCAUUCGCUGCCAUGGUUCGGCCACUCCUUAUCGAUGAUCCUGAAUUUAUCUUCCCGCUGUCAUUGCAACAAGUCACGCUCUACCGAAGUAUGGACAGCAGGAACAAAUCGGAAUCUACUAGAGCCCGUGACCAGAUGAAGAUAUUCUGGAUCUUAGUCUUUGGUACAUUUGCCUGGCAGUUCUUGCCAGAAUAUCUGUUCCCGUUUGUGGCGUCUCUAGCUCCUCUGUGUUGGUUCGCUAGCCAGAACCAUACAGUCAACUUUAUAGGAGCUGGCCGUGGUGGCAUGGGUCUGCUGAAUAUAACGCUCGAUUGGUCAAAUAUCACUUCCACCGUGAUCACGUACCCUUACAGUGUGCAGGUGAUCAUAUUUUCAUCUUUCGUCAUGACAUGUUGGGUCCUAAUUCCCAUCGCUUAUUUCGGGAAGCUUUGGGGGUCGCCCACUUACGACAUUAUGUCUAAUCAAGUUUUCCAGAAGAAUGGAUCAGUCUAUCCACUGAAUGACCUGAUUUAUGUGGAUGCUAGUGGUGUGCAACAUGUUAACGGGACCAAGUAUGACGAAGUGGGCCUUGCAUAUUCGGGAGCUCAAUAUACAUGGCAGAUCUUCAUGUGGGUGGCUUCGUAUAUGUCCUCCUACAUUUGGGAGUGGACUGCACUUACUGUUAUACCUUUUGUAAUGCUACUUGGAAUAGUCGUCUCGAAAACGGUCUAUAUGCCAAUCUGGACAUACUUUGUCGCAUUGGGUUUUGGUGCCGCAGCAAUGCUGCCGAUGAGCUUUGUUUACGCUUUGUCAGGCUUCUCGGUCAAGGUUGGAUUUUUCAACGAGCUUAUAUAUGGAUACAUGAUCGACGCAAAAGGGUCUUCACGACACCCCUUGGGCCAGCUUGCCUACCGUAUUAUCUCGGGCAAUGUAUGGUACGACGCAAGGAUUGUGUUAGAAGACCAAAAGAUCGGACACUACCUUCAUCUGCCUCCCCGCCAGGUCAUCGGAAUCCAAAUUUUGGCCAACAUAUUCGCCCUACCCAUUAACUACGGCGUCAUGCGGUGGGUGAUCGCCAGCAAAUUUGACUAUGUCAGCGGUAAAGUAAAAGACCCAUUGGGGCAGUGGACGGGUCAAGAGUUCAAGUCUUACAACACAGCGGGAAUCCAAUUCGCCCUCGUGGGACCGAAGAGGCUCUUUGCAUCGGCUUUCUUCAAGCCCAUUCUUUGGGGCUUCCUUGCCGGCGCACUUGCGCCCUGCGUGAUGUGGCUGCUACACAAAAAAUUCCCCCGCGCGCGUUUCGACCUUUGGAAUACCACAAUUUUCUUCGCGUCGGCUGCAGUCUUCUAUGGAAACCUCAGUACCGGGCCUUUCACCACCUUCCUUGUUGGGACUUUCACCAAUUUCUACCUGUACCGGUAUAGAAGGGUGUUUUGGAAUAAGUGGGCCUACAUCAGUGGAGCGGCGCUGGACACGGGGUUCAAUGCUAAUUUGCUGUUCAUUUUCAUCUUUUUGGGGACCACGGGCACGAAGAUGGCGCAUUGGUGGGGGAACAACGCCGAUAGUAUUGAAAGGUGCUUUGCUCUUUAG